CGAGGGCCGGGUAAGUUGAAGGAGCAAAAGACAUCAGAACAACUUGGACGGUCUUUCGAACAUCCAUCCAGCCAGCAACAAACCGCCAAAAUGGGUCGCGUCCGUACCAAGACAGUCAAGCGUUCCGCUAAGGUCGUCAUCGAGCGUUACUACCCCAAGUUGACGCUCGACUUCGAGACCAACAAGCGUAUCUGCGAUGAGAUCGCUAUCAUUGCCUCCAAGCGUCUCCGCAACAAGAUCGCUGGUUACACCACCCACCUUAUGAAGCGUAUCCAGCGUGGCCCUGUCCGCGGUAUCUCCUUCAAGCUCCAGGAGGAGGAGCGUGAGCGCAAGGAUCAGUACGUUCCUGAGGUCUCCGCUCUGGAUGUUUCCCAGACCGAGUCCGGCCAGCUCGACGUCGACUCUGAGACCAAGGACCUGCUUAAGAGCAUGGGCUUCGACAACCUCAAGGUCAACGUCAUCCCCGUCUCCCAGCAGCAGGCUCAGGAGCGCCCCCGUCGCUACCGGUAG